AUGCAGGAAGAACUGCAGCAAUUCGAGAAACUGGGUGUUUGGAGAUUAGUAGAUCUGCCAGAGAAUCAAAAGUUGAUCAAAACAAAGUGGGUAUUCAAGUGUAAAAGGGACGAUAGAGGAGUCGUGGUUCGGAACAAAGCACGAUUAGUGGUACAAGGGUUUAGUCAGCAAGAAGGCAUCGACUAUGAUGAGGUUUACGCGCCUGUUGCGAGACUCGAGGCUAUUCGGAUCUUCCUGGCGUUUGCAUCAUGGAAAGACUUCAAAGUGUACCAGCUGGAUGUUAAAUCUGCCUUCUUGUACGGAAAGAUUAAAGAAGAAGUGUAUGUGGGACAACCACCGGGGUUCACUGAUCCACUACACAAGAACAAGGCUUCGAAUGUGAUCUUUGAUCCAUUGCACAACAGCUGUUGUGAUUUCGAUGAAGAAAAGAAUACCAAGUUGUCGGAGUUCAGCAGCUUUCUAGAAUUUAUGAGGAGAGUUCCGAUUCAAAAAGCACUGACGGAUCAAUAUCUCGUGUAUAGAUCUCACUAUGAAGAGAAGAAACCGAUAUUUGUUACAGAGGCGCUUGUUCGUGAAGUUUUGGAUUUUCCGGAUGAUGUAUAUUCACCAACAAAGUUUCCAGAAAGAAUGGUCAAGGGAUGUAUGCUGAGAAUGGGCUAUGAUGGAGCAUUGAACAACGCGAACUACUUGAAGUCAUUGAACAACGCGAACUACUUGAAGUCAAAGUUUCAAAAGCCAUACAAGUUCAUUGUUCAUUCAGUACUGAUGGCUCUUAGCCAUUGCAAAGGAGGAUAUGAUAUCAAAUGA